ACCGCGCCUGGGAGGAUGUACCAGAGCCUGGCGCUGGCCGCGAGCCCCAACCAGGCAGCUUACGCCGACUCCGGCUCCUUCCUGCACGCUCCGGGCACCGGCUCUCCGAUGUUUGUGCCGCCGGCGCGCGUCCCCUCGAUGCUGUCCUACCUGUCCGGGUGUGAGCCGAGCCCGCAGCCCCCCGAGCUCGCUGCGCGCCCCGGCUGGGCGCAGACCGCCACCGCGGAUUCGUCGGCCUUCGGCCCGGGCAGCCCGCACCCGCCAGCCGCGCACCCGCCCGGGGCCACCGCCUUCCCUUUCGCGCACAGCCCCUCGGGGCCCGGCAGCGGCGGCAGCGUGGGGGGCCGGGACGGCAGCGCCUACCAAGGCGCGCUGUUGCCUCGAGAACAGUUCGCGGCCCCUCUUGGGCGGCCCGUGACGACCUCAUACCCCGCCACCUAUCCGGCCUACGUGAGCCCCGACGUGGCCCCGUCCUGGACUGCCGGGCCCUUCGAUGGCAGCGUCCUGCACGGCCUCCCAGGCCGCAGGCCCACCUUCGGUAAGUGCGGGGUCCACAAUCUCGGGGCCCGGGGGCUGGCCGAAUCCGGGUGCAAACCCGCACCCUGCGAAACGCUCCCCUCCUCCUCCCCCGCGGUCCGAGCCUCCCCGCCAGCAGCCCCGGGGCAACAGGAGAAAGCCUGGUCCUCAUCCCGCCGCGCCGGCCUCUGCUGCACCAACUGCCACACGACCAACACCACGCUGUGGCGGCGGAACUCGGAGGGGGAGCCCGUGUGCAAUGCCUGCGGCCUCUACAUGAAGCUGCAUGGGGUGCCGCGACCUCUGGCCAUGAAGAAGGAAAGCAUCCAGACACGGAAGCGGAAGCCAAAGACCAUCGCCAAGACCAGGGGCUCCUCAGGAUCCACAACGAACGCGUCGGCCUCCCCAUCUGCUGUCCCCAGCACUGACAACUCGGCAGCCACUUCGAAACCCAAGCCCAGCCUGGCGUCCCCAAUGUGCCCUGGGCCCGGCAUGGCCCCCCAGGCCUCCGGCCAGGAGGAUGACUCCCUUGCCCCCGGCCACUUGGAGUUCAAGUUCGAGCCUGAGGACUUUGCCUUCCCCUCCACAGCCCUGAGUCCCCAGGCUGGCCUCGGGGGGCCUCUGCGCCAAGAGGCCUGGUGUGCGCUGGCCUUGGCCUAGGUCCCCAGGCCAGCCCGUGUCAGGGGAACAGCCCGGAACAGAGCACCCACUGAUUCACCUCCGUGCCUGCUUUGCUGCAGCACAGCAGAGACCAGCAGGCCCACCCACCCAAAGAGACUGGGUCUCCUGGAGUCUCCACACGGCGGUGGGGAGGCCUUCUGUGCAGACAGCAGUCGGGCCCCAGAGCAAGAAGGCUGGUGGGGAAAGGGCUCAACUCCCCACCCCACGUACAGCAAGGGACUCCCCAGGUGCAGCCCAAGGCUCCGGAUCACAUUGGCCUCCUGCGGCAGAGGCCAACGCAGGGCACCACCGCCGACUUGAAUUCCGUCAUCAACGCUCACCGUCAAUAUGUUUACGAGUUGUAGCAGUUGGGGGAAAACAAUCAACCUCCUGGUGUAAAACCAAGAUUCCAAGUGAAGCACCUGAGGCCAAGCAGGGGAGAGGAAUGAGGGGAGCAGCUGGACAUGGGCCUUCUGAGGCCUUGGGCUGCCCUUCGUUGCCCACGUGGAUGGACGGACCUGUGGUGCAGAGAACUUUUCCCGCAACGGGUGCAGGACUGCCAGGGAUAGGAGUGCGGGCCGCGCACGGUGCCAGGAUUCCGCCGAGGGGAAGCCGCUCACAUUGCAGUCAUCACAGACUUACACACUUGUUUGGACGGUUUUUCCAGAGGGCAUGGGAAUGGGCCUUGUUCUGGCGGAAUCUGUGUAUCAUGACCGUUUCUGACAGGCAGAGUGAAUUGUCUGGGAGCCCUGUCCUGACCCAUCUAAGCGCUGUUGGGGCUGGUGAUGACGUGGCCACGUGUCCUGGCGUAUCUGGGGCCGGGCAGUUUAGUCUCUUGUCCCAGGAGAAUUGUGAGUGACCCCUCUUUCCCUUGCAAGCCCCUUCCACACUGGGUUGGAUGAUACCUUAGUGGGUGACGCUGGCAAGAGGCACCCUACCCAAUACAGCUGUGGAUGGCCUGUGACGUCAUGUCGGGAGGCCACAGGGAGCGGAGGAGUGGUGCAGGCGGCCACAGCACCCUGCGGGGAGCACGUCCUCGCCUCCGUCCGGCUGCCGCCCUUCACCAACAAGCCCUGAUUUUUCCAGCAUUGCCAGAAACCUGAAUUUUAAGUCUUCCAAUUUGAUUCAAAAAUAUUUUUAACAUUGUGAGCCAGCUAGACCCCCAGUGCACCGCCCUAUAUUGGAAACCAGUCGUGUCUGGCGUCAGCUUCAGGAGCACGUCCAGUUGUCCUGGAGCUGUCCCUCCAGUUCUUCCAGCCCAUUUCUAUGUGAUGUCAUCUUUUCUAAAAAAGACAAAUGAAGCCACAGGAAAAGUGAAAUAAAGCCUUGAACCUCA